UGUUAGCAUUGUGGCUGCAAAAUAUUGCUAAGUCUAAUUUGCAAAGAGUCUUGUAAAGUACAAAUCGUGAAAUACCUCUAUAAGCUUAAGCCUUGAUAUAGGUAUCCCCAAGACAAUAAUAGAUUGAAGGCAGAAGAGCAACUUCAGGUCUGAAAGCUAUUGGUAAACAUCAAUGACUGCAAUGCACAAAACCAGAAGAGUGGGAAUUGUUGGAUAUGGCCAUCUUGGUCAGUAUCUUGUUGAGAAAAUAAAGCAAGAUGGUGAUUCAUUAGGCCUGGAAAUUGCUUUUGUAUGGAAUCGAAGUAUACAGAAACUUGAUGGAAAGAUUCCAGACUCACUGCAGCUGAAAAACCUGGAAGACUUCGAAGGCAGGAAGGCUCAUUUGAUUGUAGAAGUGUCUCACCCUCAGAUUGCACAAGACUAUGGAGAGUUGUUCUUGAGGCAUGCAGAUUUUAUGAUUGGGUCCCCAACAGCUUUGGCAGAUUCCAAGCUAGAAAUUACUUUACGGAAUACUGCAUUUAACUAUGAACAUACACUUUAUGUUCCAAGUGGAGCUUUCUGGGGAGGAGAAGAUAUUCAGAAAAUGGCUGAUAUAGGAACACUUAAGGCCCUCAAGGUUACAAUGUCCAAGCAUCCCUCCUGUUUUAGACUUGUGGACUUUCUAGCAUCACAACUACCUCCUACAGGGGUUCCUGGUAGAAAGAUUCUCUUCUGUGGUCCUGUACGGGAUCUUUGUCCACUUGCUCCCAACAAUGUCAACACUAUGGCUGCUGCAGCAAUAGCUGGCCACAACCUGGGCUUCAGUGGAGUCACUGGCUGUCUUGUAGCUGACCCAGAGUUAGUUGAUUGGCAUUUAGUAGAAAUUGAAGUGACAGGUCCUGAAUUUGAAAAUUCUGGGAAACUGUUUUCUGUUAAGACAGUGCGAUCCAACCCUGCUGAACUGGGAGCAGUGACUGGGAAUGCAACUUAUCAGUCUUUUUGGAGCAGUUUGCUUGCCUGCAAGGGGCAUGGUGGACGUGUAUACCUGUGCUGAAGAAAACUGAAUCAUUUGAACUGAAAACAGCUUGUGAAGACCUGCAUAUAGCUACAGUAAUUCUCUCUCAAUCUUAAGUUAUCAGUACAGCAUACCCUUAAGAGGUUUGCCAUUAUCAUUGUAAUUAAAUAUUGUGCUUUGCACAAUAAACUCAUAAAUUAAUUUCAAAAGGUUAAGAGAAAAGUGAAAACAGAUAUUUACAUAUAUGUGAAUAUCUUUUUUUUGCUUCCAUAAAUAUUCAGAGACCAAAACUGCAAAUCUAUACAUUUUCAGAGUUAAUAUUUCUUAUGCUAACUAUUUCACAGAGGAUUAAACUAAGCUGUUUUGCAGACUUCUACUUGUUUUUAUUGUGAUAUUAAGGGAAAUUUAACAUCUGAGCAACCACAGUUUUUAUUAAAAUAUCAAAGUGUAUAGUACACAGCCAGAGUGUGACUUAAGCAGUUUCUGAAAUUAUCCUGUUACCAUCUUAAUGGUGCCAUUAAAGUUUCUUUGUAAUGCUGGAAUUACUCUA